AAAAUAAAAACCAAAAUAAUAUCAGCAUGUGACAAAUAUCAAAACUAAACAAACUUCAAACAUACAACUGAAAGUUCGCAAGGCUCUCAAAACCAGCGAUUUAAUAUAAGUUAUAUAGCGGAAACAUCUGCGGACUCGACUUAAACAUUUUAAAUAAGUGUCUCGCAAGAAGUGCGAGCUAAGAAAUACCACCUACCUGAGAAUAUUACAUUUAUCAAUGGAGCAGCGAGGGCUGCCGGACCUGCCCGCGGAGCUGCAGGCGCGCAUCUUCGGCUUCCUGACGCACGAGGAGGUGUCGACGGUGCGCUGCGUGUGCCGCGCGCUGGCCGCCGCCGCCAACCGCUACCUGCGCGCGUCCUUCCAGCGGCUCCAGCCCGCCCUGGACGGCCAGCUGCGGCGCGCGCGCGACCCGGCCGCCGGCCGCCUCACCGACAAGCACGUGGCGCGCUGCCACGCGCUCUGCCUCGCCGCCGUCGAGUACAGGUUGCUGCGAGCGGUCUGCUGGAGGUACAUGUGCCAGGAGACGCGCCUCUUCUUCUUCCCCGGCCGGCUGCUGGACAUAUUCUACCGCAUCGUGCACAUGACCAACGAAGACCCGGCCAAAGAGCGCAGCCCCAAGUACUACUCCAUCCUCCUGGAGAUGGUGUACGCCCUCACCCGCCUCAUGGAAACAUUCAUCGGCUUCUACGAGUGCCGGCUGGAGCCCGCACUGCUGCCGAGCGCUGCCCACUUCGGGGUCAAGUUCAUCGACCUGCUCGACUGCUUCCUGGGACACGUCUGCAAGUUCUCCGUCGGCUUCGGCGAGACAGAGUGCAACCUCGUCGGGAGAUACCAGUGCCCGCUGAGCGGCUACCUGAACUGCCCCCGCGGCGCGGCGCUGCGGAGAAUACACCCCUGCUCCAAGGCGGAGGUGUCGGCCUGGCUCAAGGACCUGAGGGAGCUGGUUCGCAAGAGCAACCAGCAGUUCGUCGAGGACCUGCUGAAGAGCUUCCGCAUGGACGACUCCCAGCGGCGCAAGCUGUCGCUGUUUGCGGGCUGCAGCGGGAGCAAGGCCCACCCGCCCGGCGGCGCCACCUACUGGAGGAAGAUGGAGGCCGGGGCGGGCCCCAGCUUCGGCCACGCCUACCUCUGCGCCAAGAUCGAGGCGAGGCUGCCCGCGGACCAGCUGCCCUUGGAGCUGCGCUGCGAGGGGGCCGGGGGCGGGACGCUGCCCCCCGAUGCCGCGGCCGGGCGAGGCUUCCUGCUGCGCUGCGAGGUGUGCCUGCCCGACGCCGAACAGGGACACGUCAUCAUCUUCAAGCCGUCCUACUGCCUGCACGAGAACCGCUGCUUCGUCAACUUCACAGGGGUCAUCAGCUCCGAGAACGAGCUCCCCGACAAGAUAGAUACUGCCAUCAUUCCACAGUUAGAUACGUCUGUCCAAAGAAAGGCUACUUCUAAAACAUAA